GGGACGGCCGCGGGCUCCCCCCGCGCGCGCGAGAGAGAGAGAAGGGGCGGAGCGGCCGGUGGGCGCGGUGGCGACGGGGGCGGUGCGGCCCGACGCCCGGCCGGCGCCUUCCGCCUCUGGAGGGGCUGGGUAGGGCGAGAGACCAGAAAUAGCUGGAAUGCUAUCUUAAACCAAAAAUCUAUUUAAAUACUUACUUAAUGCUGCUUAAAUGAAGAAAGAUAUAUUAACUAUCCAAAACUCCACCUGAUAACUAUCCCAUUGAGACACUGGACAACAUGUCGCUCAAUCCAAGUCGACCAUCUUCAUCAGAGUUGGUGGAACUUCAUGUUUUUUAUGUCCCUGAAGGAUCGUGGAACUAUAAAUUAAAUACUAUUUCAAUAGAAGUUAUUAACAACUUUAUUUCUGCUGGAUUUAUAAGAGUAUCUCCUCAGCUUACCUUACAAGCUCUGAGGGAGCGUCUUGGGGAGUUUCUUGGUGUAGAUGCUGUUGCAGAAAAAUUUUUGUUUCUGAAAUGCAUUGGAAAUAAUUUAGCUGUGGUAAAGGAAAAGCAAGAAUCAGAACUGAAACUCAAAUCAUUUGCUCCUCCAUAUGCUCUUCAACCAGAAUUAUAUUUGCUUCCUGUAAUAGAUCACUUAGGAAAUGUUUAUUCAGCAUCAACAGUUACUUUAGAUGAACAGGAGAGUAUUAAUGAUACUACGGAGAUUAAUGGAACAAUCUACAGACCAGAUAGUGUAUCUUUGUCAAAGGAUGAACCUGGAAAUCCAAGUUUGUUGGAAAAUACAUGGAGAGACUUUACAAAUCAGGAAGAAGCUGAGGAAAGCCAACCUACACAAAAUCACUUUGGAAAUUCCAAGUUGCUGGGAUCAUUGGAAGAAUCAAACGAUUAUUUUGGGAACCUAAAAAGUCCAUUUCUUUGGAAAAAUGAUGAUGAGGAGGAGGAUGAGGAGAAGGAUAACGCAGCUCUCAGCAGAAGGCAGGCCACACUGGUGUGUGACAAGGAGUGCACUGCCCUGCCAGAUCUGAUUGAUUUCCCUUCAUUUCCUUCUCAGCGGGUUUCUUCAAGAUUAACUGAUACCUCUUUAUUAAAAAUUGAGAGAGAGAAGAUUAUUGAACAAAUGAAACAAGUAAAGGAAGAACGAAAAUAUCUGGAAAAUAUUAGAGAAGAACUAAUAAAAAAAGUUGAUAAGCUAUUUGAACAAAAUAAAUCGAAACGAUAUCAUGCCUCUGACAGCUGGAAGAAAAAAUACCUUGACACCAAGAAAGUCACAGCAUCAUUGGAGGAAGUUUUAACAAAACUUCGAGAAGAUUUGGAACUUUACUAUAAAAAACUGCUCAUGCAGCUUGAAGCCAGGGAGAUCAAGAUGCGACCAAGGAAUUUGGCAAAUAUCUCAGAUUCUAAGAAUUAUCUUAUAAUCCAGAUUACUGAAGUACAGCACGCAAUUGACCAACUUAAGAGAAAAUUGGAUACUGAUAAAAUGAAACUCAUAUUAGAAGUUAAGAUGAGAAAACAAGCAGUUUCAGAUUUACAGACAUUAAAAGCUGAUCUGACACAGAAGAAAAUGGGUGCACCUUUCCGACCUCCGAUGUUUUCUGGAAGUGUGCCAACCUAGAAGUUCAACAGAUGAAUAUUGUGUGUGAUAAAUCAGCCAGAUGAACAGGGAGCAUUGGCGGCUGCAAUACAUUCUGACCAGAUCUGACUUUGCUCAUCGUAAGACAUCACAAAAAGAAAGUCACAGGCAUCUGCGAUCCCAGUGUAAUUAUAGCACCUUUUGUCUAUGCGCUUUGGUGACCAAGCUACAUCAAAGGUUACCUGUGGAAAAACUACAUAUUAUUUACAUAACAUUUCCUUGCCUUAUUCUACUCAAAAAUAAAGAAAUGCUUAUAAUGUAUGCAUAUAGAACUUAAUACAUGUAGAAGAGCUCUAAUAAAUAUGUUUUGUUACUA